AUGCCCGAGCCAGUUGGUAAAUUACAUCGCGAAAGGACCAGGUUUUACACAACACCUGGUAGGACACAUUUUUACAGCGCCUCAAGAAACCAUGGUUUUAACUCGAGCUACGCAAGAACUGGCUACUUUAGCCAGCCUUCGCGGAAAAACCUGGUAGGGGGCUUCUCGAGACUGAGUACAACCAAAAGUGGUUUUACCAGCUCAUUUUCCGGCGAAAAUGAACUGGAAUGUCAAAAUAUAUUAUGUAAACGCGGAUUCCUAAAGAGGAUUUUCUAUUCCCAAUUUAAUAACCUAUUUAACACAGAUAUCAAGAACAAUAACAACUGUAAGAAGUACGGAGCGAUUCUGCUCACCCUAUUCUUCUUGAACCUGUGCAUCACAGUGUUGGCAUUUAUCGCUAAGGACCCGGUGACCUGUAGGAAGGAGCUGACGGACUACUCGACGGGGACCAGCCACAUGGUGACGAUCAACCCCCAGGACUGCAACCUCAAGAGCGGAGGCAAGGGCUUCAAAAUAGACCACGAUAAAAUAUACGUUUACUACAACAUCCUGAAUUACCCGUUUCACUUCAGCAGCGUCUUCAAGCUGCACAGUAAGCUGCAAUUCCAGGGUAAAAUAUCCAGGGUCAAUUCAGAUUUGGAUCUUUGUGGAGCCUACUCAAAGCUGCACGCGAACGGACUGCACAGGGUCAUCAAUCCGUGCGGAUCACACGUGGUUAACGUGUACAAUGACCAGUUUAAGUUUCUAAGGCCCAAAUCGGAGUCAAGAAAGAAUCAAAGAAAGGUCGAUGAGUCUAGCGCCGAUGACGGGGCUGCUGGCAGUAGUAGCAUCCCAGGAUCCGGAGAUAACAGUGGCAAUAGCAGGGGCGCAGAUGACGGAGACGAAGACCUGCGAGAAUGGGACGAGAUGAAGCUGGACGACAGGAAGGAGCUGCUAAUUAGGCAUCAUGAGUACGGCCACUCGAGAAACAUAUCCAAGGAGGACAGGCUGACCUUCAACGACUACUAUUGGAUGGGAGACACAGUGGAGUACUCCAAGGAGAUCAACAUUGGAAUGUCGAGGGACUUCGAACUGUUGAACGGCUGGAAUUAUAAUAAUAGAAUGUACCACCAACUCAACUCUGAAGUCUCGGGGGUAGGAGUGAGGAACGGACACUUUGUGCAGUGGAUGAGCCCAGCCCCCUUCCCCGAUUUCACGAAGCUGUACGGAGUGCUCGAGGGGCCCGCGGAGGUGCCGCUGACGUUCAAGUUCGUCAACAACUAUAACGUAACGGCGUUCCACGGCAAGAAGUUCCUGGUUCUGAAGGCGUCGAGCUACAACAUCGGCAACAUCCUGUUCCUGAGGGUACUGUUCAUGCUGUUCACACUCCUGUCCCUGUCGUUUGGACUUUUGUUCACGCUGUAUAGACCCAAGAACCAGAACAGCAUUUUUAAUCUGAUAUAA